AUGUACAAGGUAUUGGAGCGCAUUAUCCUGGACCGACUCAUUAAACAUCGCGAAGAACAACGCGCGACGAGCAAGCUGGCUUUCGUCCUGGCCGAUCUACGAUUGACCAGCUUCAUCGUCAGGAGAGUGAUCGAAAUCCGGCAGCGGUAUUCGAAGGCAAUGCAAUUAACGUUUCCGGACUUUGAGGCCGCUUUCGGCUCUCCUCAUCGAGGCCGUCUUCUCAACGCGCUCUACGCCUGUGGAGUGCCAGGAAAGUUCGUUCGGUUGCUUGAUGACAUGAAUCAACGAACAGCCGCUGCAGUUCAAACACUAGCUGGAUGUACAAUACCGUUUAAGGUGGUAACUGGAGUAUGA